AAGAAGAAGAACAACAACAAACGCUCCGAGUGGAACAGAAUUGGUUGCAAACGUCUGAAUUCAGUUUCUCAAAACCAGGAAACUCUUGAUCUCAUAUAAAAAGGAAACAAGCGGUUUAUCAAAGAAGUGUUUCCCCGUCGAAACAUUUCUGUCGGGUUGUUGCUUUGCGAGUUGUUUGUAGGCUGCAACGUUGUGCAGGCCCACGAUCAACGUGUUGUUUAUCAACCAGCAGAGUUGACGGACUUUUUAGAGUAAUCUCAGUCAACGGAGAAACUGUCUACUGUUUUAUUUCUGCAGAACAAUGGCAGAAGCCAGUAUUUCUGUGGCUCAGGAUCAGUUCAGCUGUUCAGUCUGUCUGGAUCUCCUGAAGGACCCAGUCACCAUCCCUUGUGGACACAGUUAUUGCAUGAACUGCAUUACAGAAUACUGGAAUCAACGUGAUCUGUGGGGAAUGGUUUGUAGCUGCCCUCAGUGCAGACAGACCUUCACCCCGAAACCUGUGUUAAACAAGAACGUGAUGCUGGCAGAAAUGGUGGAGAAAGUGAAGGCGAUAAAGUUCCAAACAUCUGAUCCUGCUCCCAGUUACGCUGGACCUGGAGAUGUGGAGUGUGAUGUUUGUACUGGGAGGAAGCGCAAAGCCGUCAAGUCCUGCCUUGUGUGUCUCGAAUCGUACUGUGAAUGCCAUUUUGAGUCUCAUGAAGAAUCUCGCUCAAAGAAACGACACAAGAUAACUGAUGCCACUGGAAGCAUCCAGGAUAUGAUGUGCUCUAAACAUGACCGACUGCUGGAGGUUUACUGUCAUGCUGACAAGCAAUGUAUAUGUUUAAUGUGUGUGAUGGAUGAACACAAAAAUCACGAUAUUGUUUCAGCUGAAGCAGAGAGAGCUGAGAAACAGAAACGGGUUGAAGAGACGGUCAUAAUAUUACAGAACAAAAUUCAAGAUAGGCAAAAAGAGCUGCAAUGGUUGAGCGCGUCUAUGGAGUCUCACAAGAACUCGGCACAGAGAACAGUGGAGUACUGCGAGAGUAUUUUUACCGAACUCAUCCAGUCCAUCGAGAGAAGUCGAUCUGAGGUCACGCAGAUGAUCAGAGAUCGAGAAAAGGAGGCAGUGAGUCAAGCUGAAGAACACUUGAAACUACUAGAGCUGGAGCUUGAAGAUCUGAAGAGGAGAAACGCUGAGCUGGAGAAGAUUUCUCACACAGAUGAUCACAUCUACUUUCUACAGAAUUUCCAGUCUGUUUCUGUCCCUCCUGGAUCUAAAGACAGCAUGGCGUCUGGCUUUUUCCGCUCUUAUUUUGAUGUGAGAAGCUCCGUGUCUGUGUUGCGAAGGAAAGUGGAGGAUUUCUGCAAAGUGGAGAUCGAAAGGAUUUCUGCUGGAGGGAGAUUUUGCAAAAUAAUUUACGUGGCUGAUCCCAAAACCCGGGAGGACUUCUUACAGUAUUCCCAUCAGUUUACUCUGAAUUCAGAGUCUGUGCAUAAACACCUCGUUCUGUCAGAGGGGAGGAGAGGAGCUACUUACACUUCUACACUCCACCCGUAUCCUAGUCACCCGGACAGAUUUGAUGUCUGGCCUCAGGUGUUGUGCAAAGAGAGUGUGUGUGGACGCUGUUACUGGGAGGUAGAGUGGAGCGGGGCGGCUGGUGUGGGAAUAUCAGUGUCCUAUAAGAGCAUCUGCAGAAAGGGAUGGGGUAUCGAGUGUAAAUUUGGAAGUAAUUAUCAGUCCUGGAGAUUGUUCUGCUCUGCCUCUACAUGCAUAUUUAGUCACAACAAUGACCAAACCGAUCUCCCUAUAGUCACCAACUCCAGAAUAGGAGUGUAUGUGGAUCAGAGAGCAGGAAUUCUGUCCUUCUUCAGCGUCUCUGACACAGAAAUGAGCCUCAUACACAGAAUCCAGACCACGUUCACUCAACCGCUCUAUCCUGGGUUUAUUUUAAAUCUGCAGGCAUCCGUGAAACUGUGUAAUCUUGAGUUAUAGACCAUAAAUGGCAUCUGUAGAUCAUCGCAAACUAAUUAACUUGUGGAAUACGGUUAAUUGUGGAAUAUCGAUCAAUUCAAUAAUGCACGCGGCGUAUAGAAAUCUUGAUAAAAAUACAGUAGCAUUACAUAUUUCUGUAAAUAAAUCCUUGAAUUCGUUGUCACAUUAUCUUUAAUGCAAAAGAAAAACAUUGUUUGUUUUCAUUGAUAAAUUUCUGGAUUCAGUUUAUUUUGAUAAUUCAGCUUGUGAUUGAAGCCCACUUUGAACCUGCACUGCAAAACAUGGUAAAGUACAUACAGCAGUGAUGAUCAGAACUAGUGAGACAAUCCGACCUUCAGAAAUGAUCAUGGUUUUUAUUUUAAGAAUAGAAAUGUCUCAUACUUUAACACAACAGGGCUUUAUUCAGUCUGGUGUAAAAUGUUUGAUACCGACUGGCUGAUGAACAUUGUAAUUUGUGCAAUUAUUUUCAGAUAAACACACUAGCUAAUUUAGUUACCUGACUGCCUUAUUGUUCACGCGUUGCUGAAUGAGUCCAGUUAUUUCAAAUGGCUUCCAGUUACUUAUCAUAUUUUCAAAUUGGGUCUUUUUUUUUUUUAAAUGAUCAACAUCAGCCAUUCUAAUCAACAACAAAAAAAAAAAAAUACAAACCCUCUCUCUCUGAUUAACAAUAUCAGCAUCUGACAUUUGCAUUUUUGAUCAUUUCUAUU